GGAGGCGGCUGCCCCCCCGCCAGCGGCACCGCGAUCCCUCCCCCUCCUCCUCCUCCUCCCCCUCCUCCCUGCUGCCUCCCCGCGCGGCUCACGCGUCCUCCCUCCUCCCCCGUGUCCGCGGCUGGGCUACGCAGCCGGCAGCGGCACUUGGCAGCCGGCGCUGCCCGGGCGCUCCCCGCGCGGCUCCGCGGCUGCUCGGGCGCAGCGCGGGGGCUGCCCGGGGCCGGCGCGGCAGCGGGGAAGGACGGAGGGUCGCGGAUCAGCCAAAUACCCACGAUACGCGUAAUAAGAGAGUGGGGCCGGGGCACGAGAAGGAGGACGCGGGGGAAAGUCGGGGCGAGAGAAGGCGCGCCCCCGGGAGCGCUCGGGCCCGGGCCGGGGCAGCGGCGGCAGCUCGGGGCGCCCGUCGGGGCGGGCGGCCCGUCGGGGCAUGCCGCCCUGAGCCCCGCGCCAUGGCGGCCGGCGCCGACCUCGACGCGGCGGCGGUGGAAAGUUUCCUGGAGAGGCACCCGGAGCUGGUGGAGAAGUGGCUGAAGAGGAAAGACCCGCUCCCGAAGGCGGCCCCCAGCGCCGCGCCCGGCCCGUCGGAGGAGCGGCGCGGCGGCGGCGGCUGGGCCAGCGCGGGCGGCCCCGGCCCCGGCGGCCCCGGCGGCGGCGGGGGGCUGCAGCGGCGGGCCUCGCAGAAGGAGCUGCGGAAGAGCUUCGCCCGCUCCAAGGCCAUCCCCGCCAACCGCACCUACGACGAGCAUGUGCACGCCCGGGCGCAGGAGCCGCUGAGCAGCGCGCGGCGGCGGGCGCUGCUGCGCAAGGCCAGCUCGCUGCCGCCCACGACGGCGCACAUCCUCAGCGCGCUGCUCGAGUCCCGCGUCAGCCUGCCCCAGUACCCGCCCAGCGCCCUGGACUACAAGCGCUACCUCAAGGAGCACAACGAGCGCCAGUUCUUCCUGGAGCUGGUCAAGGACGUCUCCAACGACCUGGACCUCACCAGCCUCAGCUACAAGAUCCUCGUCUUCGUCUGCCUCAUGGUGGACGCCGACCGCGGGUCGCUCUUCCUGGUGGAGGGCGCCGCCGCCGGCAAGAAGAGCCUCGUCUCCAAGGUCUUCGACGUGCACGCCGGCACCCCGCUGCUGCCCUGCGGCUCCACCGACAGCAGCGACGAGGUGCAGGUGCCCUGGGGCAAGGGCAUCAUCGGCUACGUGGCCGAGCACGGCGAGACGGUCAACAUCCCCGACGCCUACCAGGAUCGUCGCUUUAACGACGAGAUUGACAAACUGACGGGAUACAAGACAAAGUCACUGUUGUGCAUGCCCAUAAGAAACAGUGAUGGAGAGAUUAUUGGUGUUGCCCAAGCAAUAAAUAAGACUCCUGGAGGUGCCCCUUUUUCUGAUGAUGAUGAAAAGUGGACCCCAUCCCUAUUCAGCUCUGCAAGAACGGCGUGGAGUCUAAGCACAGUACAGGAGCUGCCUUUUUGUAUCAAAAGCCAUAUGCAGGUGAUGCAGAUGUACCUUCCGUUUUGUGGGAUUGCCAUAUCUAAUGCCCAGUUAUUUGCAGCUUCGAGGAAGGAAUAUGACAGAAGCAGGGCCUUGUUGGAAGUAGUGAAUGAUCUCUUUGAGGAACAGACUGACUUAGAGAAAAUUGUCAAGAAAAUUAUGCAUCGGGCACAGACUCUGUUGAAGUGUGAAAGGUGCUCAGUGUUACUUCUGGAAGAUAUUGAAUCACCAGUGGUGAAAUUCACAAAGUCCUUUGAAUUGUUAUCUCCAAAAUGCAGUGCUGAUACUGAGAACAGUUUCAAAGACAGUGUGGAGAAAUCAUCAUCUUACUCCGACUGGCUAAUAAAUAAUAGCAUUGCUGAACUUGUAGCUUCCACGGGUCUCCCAGUGAACAUCAGUGAUGCCUAUCAGGAUCCUCGCUUUGAUGCUGAAGCUGACCAGAUUUCUGGCUUUCACAUAAGGUCUGUUCUGUGUGUUCCUAUAUGGAAUAGCAAUCACCAAAUAAUCGGGGUAGCUCAAGUAUUGAACAGGCUUGAUGGGAAACCCUUUGAUGAUGCCGACCAGCGACUGUUUGAGGCUUUUGUUAUUUUUUGUGGCCUGGGCAUUAACAACACGAUAAUGUAUGACCAAGUGAAGAAAUCCUGGGCAAAGCAGUCUGUGGCUCUUGACGUGUUAUCUUACCAUGCAAGAUGUUCAAAGGCAGAAGUUGACAAAUUUAAGGCAGCAAACAUCCCUCUGGUGUCAGAGCUUGGCAUCGAUGAUAUCCAUUUCGAUGACUUCUCACUUGAUGUGGAUGCCAUGAUUACUGCAGCCCUCCGGAUGUUCAUGGAACUUGGAAUGGUUCAGAAAUUUAAAAUUGACUACGAGACACUGUGUAGGUGGCUUUUGACAGUUAGGAAGAAUUAUCGAAUGGUUUUGUACCACAACUGGAGGCAUGCUUUCAACGUGUGCCAGCUAAUGUUUGCAAUGUUAACUACAGCAGGAUUUCAGGAGAUUCUGACUGAAAUUGAAAUCCUUGCUUUGAUUGUGGGAUGCUUAUGUCACGACCUUGACCACAGGGGAACCAACAAUGCCUUCCAAGCCAAGAGCGGAUCAGCCUUAGCUCAGCUCUACGGCACCUCUGCUACCUUGGAGCACCACCAUUUCAAUCAUGCUGUCAUGAUUCUCCAGAGUGAGGGUCACAACAUCUUUGCUAACUUGUCCUCUAAGGACUACAGUGACCUUAUGCAGCUUCUAAAGCAAUCGAUAUUGGCAACAGACCUCACUCUGUAUUUUGAGAGAAGAACCGAGUUUUUUGAACUUGUCAGUAAAGGUGGUUAUGACUGGAAUAUAAAAGACCAUCGAGAAACAUUUCGAUCAAUGCUAAUGACAGCCUGUGACCUUGGAGCUGUGACCAAACCGUGGGAGAUUUCAAGACAGGCAACUGAACUGGUAACCAGUGAGUUCUUUGAACAAGGAGACAGAGAAAGAUCUGAACUCAAACUCACCCCUUCAGCCAUUUUUGAUCGGAACAGGAAAGAUGAACUGCCCAGGCUGCAGCUGGAAUGGAUUGAUAGCAUCUGCAUGCCUUUGUAUGAGUGUCUAGUGAAGCUGAAUGUGAAACUGAAGCCUAUGCUGGACUCUGUGGCAGUGAACAGAGGUAAAUGGAAGGAGCUGCACCAGCAAAGACUUCCUUCUCAGACAGCAUCCUCGUCCUCCUUUUCUUCUAGCUUUACUGUGUCUCUCGAAGACAUAAAUUAAGGCUGCAAAUGUCAGCAUUGGUUUACGAUAAGAGCAGUCUGAAAGGCUUGCGUAUGCUUAGGCACGCCAUUUAAAAAAAAAAAUGCUUUCACGGACAUGCUUAAUUAAUUGGAUAUUAUCUUGAUAGCAGUAGUUUGCUUUUACUUGGAAGCUUAGAGGGUCUGAAAGAAAGGCCUGCAGUGAGACUGUGCUGGUAUCUGGAGCGACAUGGAAGACUUAGCACAAGAAGCAUUCAUUCAGCUCCACUACAUUUCAGCCGCUGCUGUAAAAAUCACACAAAGCUGACAACAGCCUGAAAUAUAAGAACUUACGGCUUAAUAAAAUUAAUAAUACAGAGCAGAACUGGGAUGCAAGUUGGUCAAUUCAUAUGCAAGAGCUGCAGGAAAAGAGAGCAGUAUGUAAUUACAUUGUUGUUUUGCAUCUCUUUAGUACAUGUUAUGAAUCAAUUA